AUGGACGAAAUGCUGCUGUUGACAAGAAUUCUCUUGGUGGGCUUCAUCUGCGCUCUUUUAGUCUCCUCUGGGCUGACUUGUGGACCAGGCAGGGGCAUUGGAAAAAGGAGACACCCCAAAAAACUGACCCCUUUAGCCUAUAAGCAGUUUAUUCCCAAUGUGGCAGAGAAGACCCUAGGGGCCAGUGGAAGAUAUGAAGGGAAGAUCACAAGAAACUCCGAGAGAUUUAAAGAACUAACCCCAAAUUACAACCCUGACAUUAUUUUUAAGGAUGAAGAGAACACGGGAGCUGACAGACUGAUGACUCAGCGCUGCAAGGACAAGCUGAACGCUCUGGCGAUCUCGGUGAUGAACCAGUGGCCGGGGGUAAAGCUGCGGGUAACCGAGGGCUGGGACGAGGACGGCCACCACUCCGAGGAGUCCCUGCACUACGAGGGCCGCGCCGUGGACAUCACCACCUCGGACCGGGACCGCAGCAAGUACGGCAUGCUGGCCCGCCUGGCCGUCGAGGCUGGCUUCGACUGGGUCUACUACGAGUCCAAGGCGCACAUUCACUGCUCCGUCAAAGCAGAAAACUCGGUGGCGGCCAAAUCUGGGGGUUGCUUCCCUGGCUCGGCCACGGUGCACCUGGAGACAGGCGGGACCAAGCUGGUGAAGGACCUGAGGCCCGGAGACAGGGUGCUGGUGGCCGACACGGAAGGCCGUCUGCUCUACAGCGACUUCCUCACCUUCCUGGACCGCGAGGACGGCUCCCACAAGCUCUUCUACGUCAUCGAGACUCGGCAGCCCCGGGCCCGGCUGCUGCUGACGGCCGCCCACCUCCUCUUCGUGGCCCCCCAGCAGAACCAGUCCCACGCGGGCGCCGCCAGCAGCCGGGCGCUGUUCGCCAGCCGCGUGCGGCCGGGCCAGCGGAUCUUCGUGCUGGGCGAGGGCGGGCAGCAGCUGCUGCCGGCGGCCGUGCACCGCGUGUCGCUGCGGGAGGAGGCGUCGGGCGCUUACGCCCCGCUGACCGCCCAGGGCACCAUCCUCAUCGACCGCGUGCUGGCCUCGUGCUACGCCGUCAUCGAGGAGCACAGCUGGGCGCACUGGGCCUUCGCUCCCUUCCGCCUGCUCCAGGGCGUGCUGGCCGCCCUCUGCCCCUCCCCGAUGGGAGACCCCACGGCCCCCGGCAUCCACUGGUACUCUCGGCUCCUCUACCGCAUCGGCAGCUGGGUGCUGGAUAGUGACUCUCUGCACCCGCUGGGCAUGAUGGUGUCAUCCAGCUGAGGGGACCCUUCGCCAUCGCGGCUGCCGGGCUCCGACAGAGAGACAGAGACACGGAGGGGGAGAGAGAGAGAGAGAGAGAGAGAGAGAGAGAGAGAGAGAGAGAGAGAGAGAGAGAGAGAGAGAGAAGGAGAAAAAAAAUAGGGAAAAAAAAGAAAAACCUAACAGAAAGGAAAAAAAAGAAAAAAUUACGUAUUUUUAAAAGAGAGCACGGAUUAAGACUUAAAAAUAAUAAUAAUAAAAUAAUAAUAAUUAAGUAGGACAGUCCAAAGUAGACCUAAAGGGAAACAAAGACCCCUGGAAGUUCUGUUCUGUUUAGUUUAUAAAUAUAUAUAUAUUUUUAUUUGUUCUUUUGUUUUGUUUGUUGUUUGUUUUUUUUUUUUUCCUCCUCUCCUGGAUAUUUAUUUCUUUGGUAUUUUGAAUAGAUGUUUUAAAUGAUAUGAACCGGACCUUCAAGAGCCUUAAAUAGUUUCUUUGAUAAUUUAUUAUCAUGUGAACUGUACUCACAGGGGAAAAAAUUAUUUUGUGAGGCCAAGCAAAACUGCGCAGAGU